AUGGAGCCUCCAAGCUCCCCUACAUCAGCAGACAGCUCAAAGAGCAGAAAUGUUGUAUCAAUACAUCUCAAUCUAUGUGAUCUGAUGGCUAGCAAUCUCCUAGCUGCUCAUGAGACUGAGGCACAGAAAUCUCAUGCAGAAGCACUAGCUGCUGCAAAUAUGCUUAAUCAGAUUGAAGAAGACUUAAAUAUCAUGAAGACAAAAAAUCUAUCAAGAGCACUGAUUCUUGAAGCUGCUGUGAAGAUACUAGUCAAGAACUGA